AUGAUCUCCCAGCAUGUGUGCGGGGACUCCACGCCGCUAAUUUGGCGCAUGUGGACGGUGGCCUGGGGCUGGUUCGAGGAAGACUCUUUCGGGCCUGACUUCCCCCUGGUCAGAAGCCUUGAGCACGUGAGGCGCAACAUCAGAAAUCAAGGCACUACGAACAUGCUGGCAGAGUGUUUGAAUGAAGGCGACGAGCAAAACGAACUCAGCCGUCGGUUGGAUUACAAGGAGCUGAAACAAGUGGGAAACAACGGCUUUGGUGGAGACGCAUCAAGACUUCUGGCAGAGCGGCAUGACUGA